GAAAUUAAAAUGUUAAAUCAAUUAUUUCAACUAAAUAACAACUUUUAUCAAUCAUAUAAAAAUAUUGCGUGCAUUUAUCGCAUGUCGCAUUACAACAUUCUAUAAUAUAUUACACGCAGCACGCAAACCUGCACGAAGCAUAGUGAUAAACUAUAACUUUAAUUAUAAGUUGACAAAGUUUUAGGUAUAUAGCUCUUAUAAUGAGAAAGUGGGGCACUCAGCGCCCGUAAUAUUUCUUCAUAAAUUUUGUAUUAAGAAGCGUAAUUUUCUAACGUUUUUGGUGAUUAUUUAUGGUGUACAUUUCUAAUUAGUUUCGCGAAAAAAUUUUCAAGUAAACAGUUAAUUUUUAGUUGUGAAAAAUAUAACUUUUGAAAUGAGUGAAGAGUUGGUGAUUUAAUUGGCCAACUUACUCCUUAAAUUGACGGUAGAACAUUAGGAGAAUAUUUCAAAUUGAUGGUGGAAGAGAACCUAAAUUUGGUGGCGACCACGAAUAGAUACCCAGUGACCAAUCGGACUUCGGCGGUAAUAAUGCUCAGUCCAAAUGUGCAUCAAAUAGUUCCAAAAAAAUAAGAUAUUGGCAAAACACAACUGCCAUAACUAUUUGCAUCCUCUGAAAAAGCUACCAACAUAUUCUAAGAAAACCGUGAUAGUGCUUUCAACUGCUCAUGCCCACGAAGUUUUAAAUUCUGUAACAAAAGACCACUAGUCAAUCUUGAUUAUAAUGGGCAUAAAGGUGGUGUUGAUACUUUUGACGUGGAUUAUCUCUGGAAAUAAAAACAAACGACUAGUCCAUGGCAUUAUUUUAUAAUAUGCUGGAUAUUGCUGGACUUGCAGCACUCAAGCUGUGUGAUCUCAGUCACCCUAUGUGGAACACAAAUAAAUCUGAAAAACGCAAAACAUUUUUGAAAUAACUAUCUAUAGAGCUAGCGCAGAAUCAGUUACAAAACCAAUGCUAAAAUUGUAAUGGACUCGAUAAAUUUCAAACGGUUUCCGGCAGUGGCGAGCUCUCGACCAGCAAUACAGAUCAACAAUUUGAAUCAAUGGAGUAAAACCUGCAAAACUGCUAAGAUCGAUAGUAAAACAACAGCAGUUUGUGACCAUUGCUUUAUUUCGACAUGCUCCAAACACUAUAUAAGGACGUGUGAAAAGUGCUAUUUUACAAAAUACAAUGUCGAAGCUGAUACGGACUCAGAUAAUAAUGAAGAUGCGGACAAUAGUCCAACAACGUCUACACCCAAUCAAAAUGCAUUAAACCACAGCGAAGAAUUUCACCAAUUUGAGCAGUUUGAAAUUAAUACUUUAUUUAAUUUUCGUGUUUUUCAAUAAAAAUACUUUUGUUUCUAG